AUGGACCCCUGCGCAGCUCUCGAAGAGACCAAAGCGCAGGUUCGCAGCUUGACUAAGCAGAUCAACGUGCUGGCCCGUUCAAGUCGCAAAGCGAAACGACGGGAACUUGACGGGGGCUUGUCUCCUGCGCAGUGCGUGAGUUUGCUGGCUGUCUACAUCUUGUCCGGCUUCAACGUUGCAUUGGCAAUUGAAUUUUGCAGGCAGAAGAGGCAUGCCUGUACAUGGACUGAUGAGGACACUCAAGCGUUCGUGGAGAACCUGUACUUACAGCAGAGUGUCGAGGAUCUGGUUCGCAUCGAGACGGAGCAAAGCAAGCGCCGCCUGAUGGCAGUGCGGUUCAUAGCAAGUUGGGAGUGCCACAACUUUGCAAUCCACCCCAACAAGCAAGGGGCUGCGCCGUCAACGGCUCUUGUUGCCAGGAACUAUGUCUUGCGUGCUGCCCAGCUGGCUGCGGAGGCAGUGCCCCUCUGCCUGCAGCGUUGUGUUGAGCAGGGACCUGCUGCGCUUCCUGCAGCAAGGCGGGGCCUGCGCAAAUGGUCCCGGCGUUUUCGACGUCGCUGGGGCUUUCGCUGGGGGGCGUUGGAGGCUACAGAUUGCUCGUCGGUGCAAGAAACGGUGGACAAGGUGAGCCUUUUUUGGCGCCACGCCGACUGGCUGACGUCACGCGUAGCGACGGACCGUGUCCCAGUCUACCUCAACCUGGAUGAGACCAGCGUCGCCUACUCUUUCUAUGCAGCGCGUGGCUGGAUCUCGAAGAAGGUGCGGCGGCCGAGAGCCAGGGUUCCAGCCGCGCGUCGUCGAGGGUCCAUCACGCACGUGGCGCUCAUUAGCAGCGUCAUUGCUCUGCAGCCACACCUCCCCCAGAUCUUGAUCUGUGGUCGCAGGUCUGUGAGCAAGUCCGUGCUUGCCCGUUUUCAAUCGAUUGCGCCAAAGAAUAAUGUGGUCAUUUUCCAUCAGGCGAGUAGUUGGAACACCGCGAGCAUCAUGUGCGAGAUACUCCGCCUGGUGGGAGCAGUGUUGCGGGCAAAGUUUCCGUCCUACCAAGGCAUCCUGCUGCUUGACACUGCUCCAAUGCAUGUUGCCCCUGCCGUUGUUCGAGUGGCGCGACUGCAGCAGCUCUGGCUGCUGCCGGUGCCUCCGUCCACAACACAAUACGUUCAGCCGCUCGAUGUGAGUGUCUUCAGCCAAUACAAGGGCUUCCUGCAGUCUCGCAGCCGCGAUGUUCGCAUCGAACGAGGCGGUGUUGACGUAGAAGACUGGCUAAGACUUGUUUUUGCCGCGUGCGAUGCUUUUCUGAAUAACAAAGCUUGGUACAAAGCCUUUGCUUUGGUAGGCGUACCUGCGGACAGCCAACAAGGCUUGAACGCGGAACUUGGACAUGUGUUUCCAAGCUAA